AUGAUGGCGAAACAAUCAUACAGAGAUAUUGAUGUUACGUCGAAGAACGACAAGAGCAUGCUCAGACAGUUCAAAAUUUCAAUGGAAAACGCCAAAAAUGCAGCAAAAGAGCCUUCGACUAGUAAGCACAGCGAUACGCAGCUACCGGAUGAUGGUGAAUACGAGAAUGAUGAUGACGAUGAGGAACAAAGCUAUAUAGCAGAAGCAGCGAAUGCAGAUAACAGCUCCAGAAGGAAUCCAUGGUUGUGGCAAAGGCCAGAAAUUAGGAGCAUUCUUGGGGAUUUCAUCAGCAAAGACAUUACGUCACGAGCGGCUGCAAACAGAAUUGCAGAAAUAAUUGGUCGCCGUGUAUCGCAUUCCACCGUGCUCAAUUAUGCCAACAAACUUCUGCGAAGUAUGAAACAUGGCAGUGACGAUCCAUCAUCGUACGAUAUUCAGCUGGAGCAGGAUGCACCAGAAUUAUCCAGUAAUUUAGUGCCCUGUGUACGAUAUGAAUUUGUGAAAACCAGUCGUGGCAGCGAGAAUGGCUUGGCAAUCCAUGAAACCGAUGGUUUUGUACGAAUCUACAGACGUACCAGUACAACCGGGCGAGCAACACACUAUCGUUGUUCGAUGUGCGAUCAUUUACGUACCAGUACAACCGGGCGAGCAACACACUACCGUUGUUCGAUGUGCGAUCAUUUGUAUGAGAAAACGGGACACGGUGAGAGGCCGAGCAUCAAAAUGCGCGGUGAUGUAAUCUGUAGUAAUCCAUAUCCAGCACAUAACCCGAUGUGUGUACCAGCACGGGAAGAAACUUUUCGAAAAACACAGCGUGACUUGGAAGCGCGACAGUUGAAUGCCUGCAAACGAAGCUUAAUUAAUUUUGAUGGCAAAAUGCUCAAACAGAGGCUAUGA